UCUCUCGGGCUUUUUCGUACAACUAGGUAGUGAGAAAAGAACAAAAUACGAAUUUGUUGCAAAAUAAAAUAAUUUCACCAAAAAUAAGAAACGUAUGUGCCAAAACUUAAAAAGUCAUCAACCCCAUAAUCACAUUGUGCUUUUACCUAUUUAUGGCUUAAAAUGUCCCGUUUAACAAAGUUAGAACAAGAAAAAAGGCAGGGAAGAAUAGAUAAGACUAAUUAACGUUUUUUGGUUGGUUUCCUUGAAGACUCAGGCGACAGGAAGUAAAGAGACAAGUUAUAUGAGAUGGUUAAAGCUUGUUAGAGAGGGUUUUGUGGUGGGUGAAGUUUGGUAGAGAGAGAUGUCAGGUGGUGGAUGCAGCAUAGUGUGGUUUAGAAGAGAUCUGAGGAUAGAGGACAACCCUGCACUGAGUGCAGGUGUGAGAGCUGGAGCUGUGGUGGCAGUUUUCAUAUGGGCACCUGAAGAAGAAGGCCAAUACUACCCUGGCAGGGUCUCUAGGUGGUGGCUCAAACACAGUUUGGCACACCUUGAUUCCUCUUUGAGGAAUCUAGGAACUCCUCUCAUCACUAAGAGAUCCACUGACACUGUUUCUUCUCUUCUUGAGGUUGUUAAGUCCACUGGGGCUACUCAGCUCUUCUUUAAUCAUUUAUAUGAUCCCCUGUCACUUAUCAGGGAUCACCGAGCAAAAGAGGUUCUGAAUGCUCAGGGUGUAACAGUACGUUCCUUCAAUGCGGAUUUACUAUAUGAACCAUGGGAUGUGAAUGAUGCACAUGGACGACCGUUCACAACUUUUGCUGCUUUUUGGGAAAGAUAUCUUAGCAUGCCUUAUGACCCCGAGUCACCUCUUCUCCCACCUAAAAGGAUAAUACCAGGUGAUGUAUCGAGGUGCCCAAGUGAUACAUUGGUGUUUGAAAAUGAAGCGGAGAAGGCAAGCAAUGCACUUCUAGCUCGAGCAUGGUCACCUGGGUGGAGCAAUGCAAACAAGGCAUUAACCGCAUUCAUAAAUGGUCCACUGAUCGAGUACUCAAAAAAUCGCAGGAAAGCUGACAGCGCCACUACCUCACUCCUCUCACCCCAUUUACAUUUUGGCGAGUUGAGUGUGAAGAAGGUCUUCCAUCUUGUCCGCAUCAAACAAGUCUUAUGGGCCAACGAAGGGAACAUAGCGGGUGAAGAAAGCGUGAACUUGUUCCUCAAAUCUGUAGGUCUUAGAGAGUAUUCAAGGUACAUUAGUUUCAACCACCCCUACAGUCAUGAAAGGCCUCUUCUAGGCCACCUUAAGUUCUUUCCUUGGGUUGUGAAUGAAGGCUAUUUUAAGGCAUGGAGACAAGGCAGAACUGGGUACCCUUUGGUGGAUGCUGGGAUGAGGGAGUUGUGGGCCACUGGUUGGCUGCAUGAUCGGAUACGUGUUGUGGUUUCUAGUUUCUUUGUGAAGGUUCUGCAGCUUCCUUGGAGAUGGGGAAUGAAGUACUUCUGGGAUACCCUUUUGGAUGCAGAUCUUGAGAGUGAUGCACUUGGUUGGCAGUACAUAUCUGGUACUCUACCUGAUGGUCGUGAAUUUGACCGAAUAGAUAAUCCACAGUUUGAGGGCUACAAAUUUGACCCCCAUGGAGAAUAUGUACGACGCUGGCUUCCAGAACUUGCAAGAUUGCCUACUGAGUGGAUACAUCAUCCUUGGAAUGCACCAGAAUCAGUGCUACAAGCUGCUGGAAUUGAGCUAGGAUCGAAUUAUCCUCUUCCAAUUGUGGGAAUAGAUGCAGCAAAAACCAGACUACAAGAGGCACUAUCAGAAAUGUGGCAACUAGAAGUAGCUUCAAGAGCUGCAAUGGAAAAUGGGACUGAGGAAGGACUUGGAGACUCUUCUGAAUCAGUUCCUGCUGCUUUUCCUCAAGACAUGCAAAUGGAGGAAACUCAUGAACCGGUUAGGCACAAUCCCCUUCCGGUUGCUCGGCGCUACCAGGAUCAGAUGGUUCCAAGCAUCACUUCUUCCUUUGUGAGAGUGGAAGAGGAAGAAACUACAUCUGAUCUUCGAAUCUCGGCAGAAGAGAGCAGCAGGGCUGAAGUGCCAGUAAAUGUAAACACACAACAAAAUGCAGGAGUUACGUUGAACGAACGGAUGUUGCAGACUGCUCAUAGGAAUACACAAAUACAAUACAAUACUACAAUGGAGCUGAUAAAUGUAGCUGAAGAUUCAGCAGUUGAAUCUUCAAGUGGUACCAGGAGAGAAAGGGAUGGAGGUUUAGUUCCAGUAUGGUCUCCCCCAGCUUCCAGUUAUUCAGAACAAUUUGUUGGAGAUGAAAAUGGUAUUACUAGCAGUUCAUCUUACUUGCAAAGGCACCCUCAGUCUCACCAAUUGCUGAAUUGGAGACAGCUACCUCAAACCGGUUAAAUUUGAAUCACAGGUAAUUCAUAUCUAAGCAAUUAGACUAGAAGCAGGGAAUUGGAAAAUACAGUAUGACCUUUAUGUUGAGAGAAAGUGGGAUGUUAAAGCCGCAUUGGACAUACAUGUGUUAAUUUCCUACUCCUUUUACCACCGGCUAACCUCCGAUGUGUAUGGAAAUUUCAGUUCAUCCGCAGUCCCUUAUGCUUUCUUGUACAAUGUUUGCAACUUGCUGUAUAGUAUACUUUGCGUAGUGAGGGAGAAAGAGCCACCAUAGGAUCUUUGGUCUAAUAAUAAACUCAUAUUUGUGCUUAGCAUAUAUAUUAAAUAAUAAAUAUGAUCCUAGCUUUAUUUACAUUUUCAGA